CAUUAACAUAAACAACUCGGGACUCUCUCUCGACGCCGCCGUCUCCUCCUCCGGCCCGCGGCGACUCCUCUCGGCUCUCCUCUCCGUCCCGCAAGCGUCAUGUUGGCGGCGCGUGUUAGCCUCAAGGGCUGGCAGCAGGCGGCGGUCGCGGUCGGCUCGGCGUUCGGGGCCUUGCUUGAUCCUAAGAGAGCUGACCUGAUUGCUGCGCUUGGGGAGACCACCGGGAAGCCGGCGUUCGAGCGUGUGCUCCAGCGCAUGAACAACAGCGCCCAAGGCAGGGAAAUUCUUUUGGAGCGUCCUCGGGUUAUAUCCACGCAGGUUUCUCGCGCCUGGGACAUGCCCGAGAACACGUUUGGUGCCGCCUAUGCCCAGUUCAUGGGAUCAAGGAACUUCUCGCCGGACGACCGCCCACCAGUUCGCUUCAUGGAGACCGACGACCUCGCCUUCGUAGCGACCCGUGCCCGUGAGGUGCACGACUUCUGGCACGUGCUGUUUGGCCUCCCAACCAACCUGAUCGGUGAGACUGCCCUCAAGGUGAUCGAGUUUGAGCAGAUGUUCCUCCCGAUGUGCAUGUUCUCCGUCGUCGGGGGCUCCGCGAGGUUCAACGAGAAACAGAGGAAGCUGUUCUUCCAGCACUAUUUCCCAUGGGCGACCAAGGCGGGUGUCAGGGCCACUGAUCUGAUGUCCGUGUACUAUGAGAAGCACUUCCAUGAAGAUCUGGGGGAGGUGAGGAAAAACUGGGGGAUCGUCCCGUGCCCGGAUCCCAAAACGAGCAGCAAUGCUUAGACUUUAGGUCAGUGCAUUUUGCAUGAAAACGUCUGUAUCUUGGUUUUUCAGCGUUGCUUGUGGCAGUUCCUCUUUCGUGGGUGAUACCAUGAAUUGUACUUACUGGUGAUAUAUUAGCAAGUAAAUAGGGUACUUGGAUGUUGCUUCUUAAGAGAUCCUACAAUGUUGGCCGCAAACCACUUAUAUGUGAUUUAUUCUCUUUGUUA